AUGGCAGCCAUCUACACGGUCUUCACAUCGCCACAUCAUGCGCCGAUGCCUAAUCACCUCCCAACGCUGAUCGUUACCCCUCAUGGACAGCCUAAUCACGUACUCUACACCUAUCUGCAUACAGAGGAAAACCGCGUCAACUACCUCCUUACCCCGUCGCCGCAGGGUGACCUGUGCGUCGCCAAGCUCUUUCCGCCGCCGCGUGCGGGCGCGACCUCCAACUCGUCGCUGCCAACCAUGUCGAGCCAACGCAACAAUGUUGUCCACUGUGAAGCGUCGCGCGACCUCAGGUGGACUAUCGAAAACACUGGCCGGAUGAACCCAACAUACAAGAUUGUCAACCAGGAUGACACGCCGUUGUACCAGAUCUCCAAGCCCAACCCUCACGCCGAGCACUGGACCAUGUUCUACUUCAAGUACGCUGGUCACCAGAUCCCGCCUCGGCGUGUCGAGUUUGGCAAGAUCCAGAAGAACCCGCAAGACCGUGGUGGCGGUACCCGCAUUACUAUCACGGGUAAGACGGACGAUGAGAAGCAGGUCUGGCAGACCCUUGGUGUCGGAAACGAGGACUGCGUCGAAUGGGUUGUCGCGUGCGCCUGCCUCAACCUCCUUGACGAUCAGAUCCUCCAAGCUGCCGAGAGAAAGCAGACCGGUGCGGGGCCCGCGUCGACUGCGCCUAGCCCCGCCAUGCGCCCCAGUCCAGAGGCGCGUGGCCCUGGACCAGCGGCGACGAGAGGAUUCCCGCCGGCGGCCGCACCUCCCCAGAACGGUCGCAUGGGCGCCGGCAUUGCGUCCACUGGGGCCGGCAUCGCAUCGACGGCGCCGCCCGCCGGCUACCGCGGUCCGCCUCCACAAAUGCAAGGACGGCCACCUAUGGGCCAGCCCCCCAUGGGCCACCACCCCAUGGGCCACCACCCUAUGGGCCACCCCGGCCAACCGCAACAGCCUCCGCCCCAGGGCUACAACCCUCACAUGCGCGGGCCUCCUCCCGGGCAGCGCGGCAUGCCUCCAAUGCAGCGCCCGCCGCCCCAGGCCGCCGGCAGGAGACUGUAA